AUGCGGAACCUUGGAUACGGAGGCCCGAUUCUGUCCCACACCUUCAUGCCCUCGCCCAUGCUGGUUCUCCUGCUAGAAAUACAACCUUCCCCCAGCCUCUUCCCCAAAUCCCUCCAAAAUGUUAAGAUCUACCUCAAAUGCCAUCUCCCUUUGGCCCUCCCUGACCCUCAGGACAAGAACAAUCUCUCCUUCGCCCGGUUCAUCAACGCGAUCGCGCCCCCCCGGCCGCCGCUGGGUCGGACGCCGUACCCGGGCCCCCUUAGUCGCCCCCCCAGCGCCGUGCGCGCCUGGAGGCGGGGCCAGAUUCAGCCCCCGACCCCUGAGCCCCCAGGUCAACCCCAAGGGGGAGUGGUCGCGGCGCGGGGCGCGGCCCGGGCCCCCGCGGCACCGGGCAGCGGGGAGGGGGCCCGGUUGUUGGCUCCGGUCCGCCCUGGCCCUGCCCGUACCCCCCCAGCGCCGCCGCCGCCGCCGCCGCCGAGAGGAGGCUGGCGCAGCGCAGCCGGCACAGACACCAGGCUCCGGGAUCGGGCUCGGGGCGAGCGCGCCCGACGGCCUGCGCCCGGACCGAUCCCGGGAAGGGAACGGCACCACGCAGGGCGGCCGGACGGGCCCACCCCCACCUCAGGGAGGUUCCAAGGAAGAACUCCACCAGCCCUCCAACCAGCUCACAAUGGCUGGAGUUCUGAAGGGCCCAGGGCCCCUGAGCCAGGAGGAGAGGAGGAAGUCCAAGGAAAGAUGGCUGGCUGUCACCCCUACUUCAACCUGCCCGACUUCACCCAGCCAUCACCGCCCUCCACUCCGUCCAGCCUCCCCUCGCACCAGCGCUGCCGGCCCUCUGAUGUCACCAAGGGCCUGCUCGUGGCCCUGCUGGGUGGGGGCCUGCCCGCUGGCUUCGUGGGCCCCUUCUCCCGUAUGGCUUACCAGGCUUCCCACUUACCCUCGCUGGAGCUGCUCAUCUGUCGAUGCCUCUUCCACCUCCCUGUUGCCCUGCUGCUUAAACUGCGUGGUGACCCCCUCUUGGGACCUCCCGAUGUCCGGGGCCGGGCCUGCCUCCACGCCCUGCUCAACGUCCUCAGCAUCGGAUGCGCCUACAGCGCGGUUCAGGUGGUGCCCGCUGGCAACGCUGCCACCGUCCGCAAAGGUUCUUCCACCGUCUGCUCUGCUCUCCUCGCUCUCUGCCUCGAGAGCCAGCGUCUCAGCGGCUAUGACUGGUGUGGCUUGUUGGGCAGCACCCUGGGACUCAUCAUCAUUGUGGGACCUGGACUAGGGACACUGCAGGAGGGGACCACAGGCCUCUACACUGCCCUGGGCUAUGUGCUCGCUUUCCUGGGUGGCCUGGCACUGUCGCUGGGCCUCCUGGUGUACCGUUCCCUGGACUUCCCCUCCUGCCUACUGACAGUGGCCUUCCUGUUUGGCUUGGUGGGGCUGGUGGGCUCCGUGCCAGGCCUCUUUCUGCUGCAGACCCCCGUGUUGCCCAACGAUCCUCUGAGUUGGAGCUGUGUGGGGGCAGUGGGGAUCCUCGCCCUGGUCUCCUUUGUGUGUGUGAGUUAUGCGGUCACCAAGGCCCACCCUGCCCUGGUGUGCGCCGUCCUGCACUCUGAGGUGGUGGUGGCUCUGAUGCUGCAGUACUAUGUGUUCUAUGAGACCGUGGCACCUUCUGACGUCAUGGGGGCAGGGGUCGUGUUGGGCAGCAUUGCCAUCAUCACCGCCCAGAACCUCAGCUGUGAGAGGGAAGGGCAGGUGGAGGAGUGAGAUCGAACUUGAGA